AUGCUGUUCAAUACGAUUAGACUGGGUGGAGGAGGUUCCUCCCCAUUCUUUUGGCAUCAUCUUGAGCGUCUGGUAUCAAAAAUCAAAAUCAUUGCUGGCUUUGCUGGUGACGAUGCCCCACGUGCAGUGUUCCCGUCCAUUGUCGGUCGCCCAAGACAUCAGGGCGUUAUGGUUGGUAUGGGUCAAAAAGAUUCGUACGUUGGUGAUGAGGCACAGUCAAAAAGAGGUAUUCUUACUUUGAAAUACCCGAUUGAGCACGGUAUCGUAACCAACUGGGAUGAUAUGGAAAAGAUCUGGCACCACACCUUCUACAAUGAGUUGAGAGUUGCCCCUGAGGAGCAUCCCGUUCUGCUCACAGAAGCUCCUCUUAACCCCAAAGCGAACAGAGAAAAGAUGACUCAAAUCAUGUUUGAAACCUUUAACACCCCAGCUAUGUAUGUUGCCAUCCAAGCCGUGCUUUCCCUUUAUGCAUCUGGUCGUACCACUGGUGUUGUUCUUGACUCUGGUGAUGGUGUCACCCACACGGUACCCAUCUACGAAGGGUAUGCUCUACCCCAUGCUAUCCUUCGUCUGGAUCUGGCUGGUCGUGACUUGACUGAUUACUUGAUGAAGAUCCUUACUGAGCGUGGUUACUCAUUCACAACCACGGCUGAACGUGAAAUAGUUCGUGACAUCAAGGAAAAGCUUUGCUAUGUUGCACUUGACUUUGAACAAGAGAUGGCUACUGCGGCCUCAUCAUCAUCACUUGAAAAGUCAUAUGAAUUGCCUGAUGGACAAGUCAUCACCGUUGGUAAUGAACGUUUCCGAUGUCCCGAGGCACUCUUCCAGCCGUCCUUCAUUGGUAUGGAAUCUGCUGGUAUUCACGAAACCUCAUACAACAGUAUCAUGAAGUGUGAUAUUGAUAUUCGUAAGGAUCUGUACGCCAACACUGUCCUUUCUGGUGGUUCAACCAUGUAUCCUGGUAUUGCUGAUCGUAUGCAAAAGGAAAUCACUGCUCUUGCUCCUAGCACGAUGAAAAUCAAGAUUAUUGCUCCUCCGGAGCGCAAAUACUCUGUCUGGAUCGGUGGUUCCAUCUUGGCUUCUCUAUCUACCUUCCAGCAGAUGUGGAUCUCAAAGCAGGAGUACGAUGAAUCUGGACCAUCAAUUGUUCACCGCAAAUGCUUCUAA